AUGGCGGACCUCGGGGCUCUUAUUGACUUGACGCGGAUAUCGGAGACGCGGUAUGAAUCGACGAACCAUCAUAGGAUGAUACACGGCGGCAAGGCGCUCUACGGGGGUCUGCUAGUGGCACAGGCGAUACUGGCGUCGUUCUACUUUGUCCCCAGGGACUUUAUUCCGCUCUCGGUGCACUGCCUGUUCAUGGUCGGCGGAGACAAUGCUAUCAAGACGCAGUACGAGGUUGAACGGCUGCGGAAGGGGAGCAACUUCGCGCACCUGUUGGUGCGCGCGUACCAGAAGGACAAGGAGCUGUUCACAAUGCAGAUCAUCUACCGGCGCGACCUCGGCAAGCAGCCGGACACGCUGCACCGCAAGGACAACCUGGGCCCUGUGGACCGGUCGCACCUGGAGGACGCUGGCACGCUAUGCAGGCGGGAUCUACUGUCCAACCGUGAGAACCUGCAGGCGGUGAGCGCGUUCUUCGAGACGGAUAAGGGCCUUAAUAACAUUCUGGAGGGGUUCGACAACACGUCGUCCGAGUACAGGCUGCCUGGCGACUUCUUCCUCCGCGAGGGGCUGCGCGACGUGCUGCGCUACGCGGUGCGGUGCCAGGAGGAGGUGGUGACGGACCCGUCGCUGCGGUUCCCGGAGGGCGGGCGGAUGACACCUCAGAACGACUCACGCUACAACUACGUUAUGUUCGGAUUUUUCUCGGAUGCGUACCUGCUGGCGACAGUGCCCUAUUUUGUGGGCCUGCCCGUCUUCUCGUGCAGGCUGAGUGUGUCGUUGGACCAUGACAUCCGGUUCCACGGCAUGCCGAAGAUGAACGAGUGGCUGGACGUGGUGGUCCGGAACAUUUCGAUUGUCAACCACUCCGAGUCGAUGACCGGCGACUGGUACGACAGCACCAGCGGCGAAAUCGUCUGCUCUGUCUCCCAGCAGGGACUGGCGAUCUACCCUACGCCGGAACGCCUGUCCAAGCUGUAG